AUGGGCAGUACACGUCCAGGCGGCACCUGCUACCAACUCGCCAGUCAACAGCAGCACAUGCCGCCUGGAGACACAUCCACUUCACAAUCGGCCAACAACAACAACAACAACAACAACAUUGAAUGUCCUCCUUUGUCAAGACCAUAUCAUUCCACGCCGAUACGCAAUAGCAUCCGCACCACCCGACACCAUCAUCAAUUACAUGCCGAGGAGUGCACCAUCAUUCCAUCAAACACUACCGGCCGGAGGUCGAAACACACGCGAGAAAGCAUCGACUUCUCCAUCUCCUCCACGACAUCUCCUCCACAACGUUUUGUUCCACGCUCCUCUCCAUCGAUCGUCGCUCUCAAAGUACGGAAGACGCUGCUCGACAUGAGAUUCCGUGACUGGCUGCAUCUCGUCGUGGCUAAAGAAGACGAGGAAAGCGUCCUCCCGCCUGUGGAAUGUCUCUUUGAAUAUCAAAUCGAAKCGGUUUGCCCUUUUGGUGACAUCAUUUUGGUGGUCAAGGAUGAACGUGACUUUCUACCCACCGCAAGGUUCCAGGUCUCCUCCUGCAUUCUAGCGAUGUCGUCCAAGGUUUUCAAGAAGAUAUUCACCAACCCAAGGCUCUUCGAGGGACAGAGGAUGCGCUCGCGUAAGCGAGGUGAAGUGCUUGAGUUCCACAUUACAAAGUCUCCCUCAGCUAUGAGACACUUCCUCAGGCUCCUACACCAUACAGACCCCCUUGGUCCCGACGACACAAGACCCCUCUUGCCCUCGGAACUACUGGACCUCGCCAUGGUCGUCGACUAUUACGACUGUGCUGAUGCCCUUCGACUUCCCGUCGACGCACUGCUGGCCAAGUACGUGGGCAGAGAAUGUUGCAUGCGCGACCACCUCCUCACAGCAGCUUUCAUGCUAGACCAGCCGGAACACUUCCGACGCUUUACGAAAGAAGUCGUAUCGUCGAUAAUCAUGCUCCAAGCAAAGACUUUCGACCAGCAAUGCCUCGAACUACUACCUUCUAGCCUUAUCCCGUCACCGUCCAUCCAACAGGGUAUCGCCCKAGAGAUGCUAUCAAAUCAGGUCAUAGCGCUGAUCCAGAAAUUCACUGCGGCCUGCGAUGUGGUAGGCAAACCAGAGCUUGUUCCUGUCUUGCUCGCCGAAUUGGAGGACAAGGAUCUUUGCCCGCCUACUUUCGACGGCAUCGGCGUUGAGGUUCUGUGCCAGCAUGUCGAGACGGUCAAUUUACCGCUUGUCUCUACCGAAUUGACGAUCGAGACUCCUGACGAGGGUGAUGGCGAGGAACUUGUGGCGUGGUACGGAGCUCCCAGGAACAACACUAUCUUGAAGCAAAUCAAUGCCCCGACGCAUCACGAUCUCAAGGACCUGACCAAAAAAGUACGAGAAUUGGUUGUUGGCGUGUGUUUGGACUGCAUCCGGAAGAAGGAGUGCCGGAUCCCUCACCGAUAUCGUUGGGCAGAUACGCCGUUGGCAGUAUACAGGAGAUACAAUGAGGACCAGUACGAUGUACUCAUGGACUCCAACAACCAUCCGAGAAUUUGGGAGGAUGUCUGGUAG